ACCGCCGCAAAAGAAACCCUUUCACCGGAAAAACUCGCAUAGAAAUUCAAGAUUCUCAAAUAAAGUAACGAUGUGGCCAUACCCAAACCCUAUCAUUGCUUUCUUUUUUUUCUUAGAUAAAAAGUAAUUGCAUUAAACAUAAAAUACUUGAUUCCAAAACCACCUAGCAAAGUAAGUAACAAUCUCUUUUUUCUCUCCCUUCCUCUUUCUCUCUCUUCACUUCUGGAGAGAUGAAUGAACCUCAAAUCCAUCACAGAUCUAAUAACAAUAAUCGCAACCCUUACGAUUACACUACCAAAUCGAGGAGCGGCCGUACUAACCUAGCAUCGUGCGCCGUCGCCACGGUGUUUCUGCUGGCAAUCGCCGCCGCAUCCGUCGCCGUCUACUUCUUCCUCUUCAAGCCGAAGCCUCCGCUGAUCGCCGUGAACGCCGUCCAGUUCCCGACAUUCUCCGUCGCCAACGGCACCGUCAACUUCGAGUUCUUCCAAUUCGUCACCGUCACCAACCCCAACCGCGACGAGUUCUCGCACUACGACAGCUCGCUGCAGCUCGUCUACUCCGGCGAGCCGGUCGGCACCGUCUUCAUCCCGGCGGGGAGAAUCGGCGGCCGCGGCAGGCAGAAGAUGUCGGCGAAGUUCGAUUUGCAGAAGUACCCGCUGGCGCUGCCGUCGAGGGCGGCGAUCGGCGCCGUUGAAGCGGACACGAUGGUGAUUGAGACGCGGAUGAAGCUGGUGGGGAGGGUUCGCGUGCUGCGGGUGUUCAUGCACCGAGUGGAGAGCAAGGUGAAAUGCGGGGUCACGAUUGAGGUCACGCGCGGCACGGUUCAGGGCGUCCGCUGCUGACGUCACCUUUUUUAUUCUGCUUGUUUCUCUUUUCCCAAAGGGGAAUGUAUUAAAAAAAAUAGAUGUUCAUAUCAUUAAUAUUAAUAUUAAUAUUUCUAUUGCUAA